AUGGCACUAAUCAGCAAGGCCACACUUCGGAAGAAAUUAUUUGAAAUUUUACCUCUUGACAAUGAUUCAUUGGACCAAGCCAUAGAUUACUCUCUCACCUUGAAAUCUAACCAGGAAAUUGCUGGCCAUUUCACAGGUUUGGCCGGUGACUCUCCAUUGGUGAUUGAAUUCAUCAAUGAUGUGAUAUCUUACAGAGACCAAGUCGCUAAUUCUCGAAAAACCAAUAAUAAUAAUGAUAAUAUUAAUAAUAACUCAAAAGUGAAAGGCAAGACUCAGACUAAUAACUCAGUAUGGUCAAGUAAUAACAAAGAUUCAAAAAUGAAAUCAAAGCCAGUGCCUUCCACAAAGCAAAGAUUGUCAUCGGCAAAAUCGUCCCAUACCGUUUCCCAACUAGUGGAUCAGACCCCCACCGCUAAGACGAAGAAGGGAGUGAAGACGAAGAACAAAGCCCAAAAGUUGAAUGAUAUCAGUGAUUUGGACGAGUUGCUCAAUAAAUUGGAAUAUGGUGGUGCCAAUUCAAAUGUCAAGUGUGAUUGUAUGGCAGUAAGGCAUGGUUUGAACAGGGCGAUACCUAAUUGUUUAAAUUGUGGGAAGAUCAUAUGUAUGAAGGAAAGUGGGAGAACCACUUGCUCAUUUUGUGAUAAACCAUUGAUUUCACUUAGUGAAAAGCUCGAAAUGGUCAGACUUUUGCAGAAAGAGAAGGAGAAGUUGAUGGAUGAAACUACAGGUGGAACCAAUAAUAGUGCUCCUGUGGCGCCUAGUAAGAAGAAGAAAGAAAAGCUUACAAUCAGUAUGGGGGCUGGAUCAUCGUUUUUUUCCCAGCAGGAUAAGUUAUUUGCCAGCAUUGAAAAGAAGGAAAAGCAAAAGAAAAUCAAUGAACAACGGAAAAAGGCUGAUGAAGUAGAUGUUGGGAAAUUGAAUGACGAUUUAGCAAAAGCGCAAUCUACAUUGAAUAAGUUAUUGGGUUACCAAGAGAAUUCUACUGCCAGAACAAAGAUUAUUGAUCAAGUUUCAGAUUAUUCAUUACCUAGUGAUACCAAUAUUUGGACAAAGUCCUCUCUACACAAGAUUUUGGAAUUAAAGAAACAACAGCGGAACUUGAAGAAAAAGGAGAAAUUGGAGUCCGAAAGAGGUGGAAGAGGUAAAAAAUUCAUUUCAUUGAAUGUGAAAGGUGGGAAAGUCACAAUACAAGAAGCAUCAACUGGCAAAGGUUUGGAAUAUGAUAGUGCCAGCGAUUUUGACGAUGAUUAUGAAAACGAAGAUGACGAUGAAGCUGUGGAUUCAGAAGACGAAGAAAUCAAAAAGUCUAUCAAGGAACUUGAAUCCAAGAUCAAGGACGAAGAAAAAGAUAAUGAGAAAAAGGCCGCUAAACAAAGAUGGGAUUAUUCUAAGGAUUUAGAAAAAUGGAAAAACAGACAGCCAAGAUACACUGGUAUAGGCAAUUUGAUAACCGAUGAUAACGCCGGCGAGGGCGAUGCUGGUGAUGAUAAUGAAAAUCAAACAUUUGAUAGACUUCAAACUUCCAUUACGGAUAACGCUCCGAUGGAAGAAUUGAUGCUUAAUUUAUAA